AUGGUCAAGAGUGCUGUAGUUACAGGUGCAUCCUCAGGGAUUGGUUAUGCUCUAACUGUUGAGUUGGCAAAACAUGGGUACGAAGUUUACGCAUGCGCCCGUAGGUUAACGGAUUUGGAGAAGCUUGCCGAGAAGCAUUCUGAUUUAAAAAUUCACCCCUACAAGCUGGAUAUUACACAGCCGAAUGAGGUCAAAAAGUUUGGCGAUUAUUUACAGUCCGUUCUAAUCACGAAUGCUGAAAGCGAACCUAAGUUGGAUCUACUGUACAACAAUGCUGGUCAAAGCUGUACUUUCCCUGCACUGGACGUCACUAACGAUGUUCUCGAACAAUGUUUCAAAGUGAACGUUUUCGGCCACAUCAAUAUGUGUCGUGAAUUGAGUAAGUACGUGAUCAACGCAAAGGGGACCAUCGUGUUCACUGGAUCUAUCGCCGGGAUUGUCACUUUCCCCUUUGGAAGCAUCUAUUCAUCAACGAAGGCAGCUAUCCACUCGUAUGCUCGUGGGCUACACCUAGAGAUGGAACCCUUUGGUGUCAGGGUCAUCAAUGCAAUUACUGGUGGUGUUGCGACUGAUAUCGCAGACACGAGACCUCUACCGGAGAGCUCUAUUUUCAACUUCAAAGAGGGCAAAGAGGCAUUUGCUUGCAGACAGAAAAUGGCUGCUAACAACAAACCGGUCUCGGCAGAGAUUUACGCAGCACAGAUCGUAGAAAUCAUACAGAGUUCCAGGGAUCCAGUAGAUGUUUACAGAGGUACUAUGUCGAGCGUCAUGUACUGGGUAUCUAUACUGGUACCAUUUUGGCUUCUAGAAUUCGUAUUGGCAAAGAAGUUUAAGUUAGACAAAGCGUUUGCAAUUUUGAAAGAAAAAGGAGUAAAGAAGGUUUAA